UUCAGCUAGGGCUUAUAAAAUGUGUCCGUCAUUAUCACUUUGCUUCAUGUACCAAAAGUUCUAAAAUAUGAAAAAGGAAUGUAUUAAACUUUCCAGGUUCAUUUUGAUAAUGCAGUCGGCCAGAACAAGAACCAAACUGGUUGGUAUGCCAUGUGGCGUGUAAUGGCAGGUUUGAUAUGAAAUAAUAGUAAAGUUUGUUCUUGCUCUGCCACCUACAUGUUAUUCAGCUUAGGAAAGCUGUUUGUCCUGGAAGUAAGUCUUCUGUUAACAUGUUUCCUUGGCGACCAUCUACUUACACAUCCUGUUACUAACCAGCGAUAUCUGGUUGCCAUUGGUGACAGUCUCACUCAUGGAUUUGUAGGAGCCAUCUCUUGGGUCAUUGUUAUUGAUGCAAAGAACAGACAUGAUAUUGCCCAGUGUUUGCUGUGUUUGAUGUUUGCCAUGGCUGUAGAUGUGGACCAUUUCAUCGCUGCAAAAUCACUUAGCUUAGAGGCAGCCUUGUCGUUACCCUCCCGACCACCAUUCCAUGCCACAACUGUGAUAUUUCUUGUGGACCUUAUUCUUCUCAUCAUGGCAGCCAUUCUAAAAUCUGGAACACCUCUGACUUUAGCCCUCAUGUUCACUGUUGCCUGGUUUUCUCACCAUGUGAGAGAUGGGACUAGGAGGGGGCUAUGGUUACCUCCCUUUACUGAAACACCGCCAUUGUCAGGAUUGGCAUAUUUAGGACUGAUUAUGGUUAUACCUUUGUUAGGCAGAAUUUUAUAUACAAAUUGGUUGCAGUUUUCUACUGACAGACAGUUAAAGAUCAUAGAAAGUAACAUUGUAUAGUGAUUUUAUUAUGAAUUGUUUAUAAUUAAUAAAUCAUUUGGUACUAUAUGCAUUGUGGUCAAGUUUUCAAUUAUCUACAAUACAACGAGAGUGGACGAGAAACAGUUUAGCAAGUAAAGGACCACCUCUUGUGUUAUAUAGAAAUUGCUAAGUAAAAAGGAACACCUUGUAAGAUUUAUAUUUUAAUCCACAGUAAUAGUUUUAUCAAAAGCUACAGGGGUUUUGUUUACUGUGUUAUGAAAAACAAUGUACAUUUAAACCUUUCUUGCAGAUCAAUGUAUGAAAGUACACAUAUCAUGUAGAUAAGUACACAUAUGAUGUAUGUAAGUACACAUUUAAUGUAUGUAAACACACAUAUAAUGUAUGCAAGUACACAUUAUGUAAUUACACAUAUACUGUAUGUAAUUACACAUAUGUAAGUACACAUACAUUGUAUGUAAGUACACAUAUAAUUACAUGAUGUUAUGCACAUUUUAACAUAAUAUUAAGCAAUUUGCGGACAGAAGUAAUUAAGCAAAUUGUGCUAGGUUUCAACUAAAACUAAUAACAUACGAGGACUUAUAGGUCUUGCAAGUCGUCAGUUUUUUAGUCUUGCUUCUUUAAGCCAGGUAAAUGCUGUUUGUGUGAACUACUAUUGUUUAACAGCUUAAUCAUCUUCUAAAUGAUUUCAUCACAAUCUUAAUUUCUUUCAAAUUUAGUAGAUUACACAAUACAACAAUUUGUUGAGCCACUAGAUUUUCGACGUAAACGAGUCAGUCCUAUUCACAAUGAGUUUAGGGGAAAGCCAUUUGUAUGCAUGCAGCAAUGACCUGCUCUAUUUUGCAUAACAUUUUCUGUUUGAUCUGACAUUUCUCUAGUUGAAAUUCAUUCCCCGACUGUAAAUAUAAUCAGCGACUUUAAAUAUAAGGAAGUUCUAUUUCUAUUAGGAAGUUGAAGACUUUUUGCGCAAUGCUUGCUUGAAAGAAAGCGGGAAAUCUUGACCAUGAUGACAAUGCAAUUCUUAUUAAUGUGAUGAAAAGUGAUGAAAUAUGUCCUCGUAUGUUAGUUUAUUUUGAUUGCCAAUAUAAAUGAACUGAAAGUUGUUCAUUAAUAUACAAACAGAUCAAGUUCUGUAAUAAUUACUUCACUGAUGGACUAACCAUUUUACUUCUUAGAUGAAAAGAGUGGACACAAGUAAAUUGUGAACAUUUAAAUGUCAUAUGAAUUUUUAUACAUCAAUUAACCAACCCUAUUACCCUAUCUUCCAUAUUUUAUGUAUUUGUUACAUAAGUUACUAUAGCAUAGAAAGUCAACAAAUUAUAACAUUCAUAUACUGCAAAAAUCAACUAUAGGUAGCAUGCAUUAAAUAAAUUGAAUCAUUUGAACGUACAUGUACCUUCAAUCUUGUAUUUUGUUUUACUAAAUGAGAAAUAUAUAAACAGUGACUAGCAGAAAUAAUUCUUAAAGUGCAUUUUUUUUAAUAAUAAGUGUUUGCGUCAAAUCAAAUACCUUAUUAACAAACCUUGAAAUUACCAUUGACCUUAAACCCAACAUCACACUGCAUGUGUUAUCAUUCCAUUUCCAGUCACAUAAAACUAUUAACGUCAUAUUUCCGGCUUAAGCCUUAUUUCCCUAUAGAAUCUAUCUCUGCUUGUCAACAUUCAUAUAAGUUUGUAAAACAUUGAAUUAUCAUUAUGUUUACUAUAUUCGGCUUGUAUAACCAUAAUAAAUAGUACCAUAAAUUG